GCGAGGCUCGAAUCUUAUUGGAGCGUGAUUUUGCCUUCUGGCUCCAGGGCGCUUCUUACGGCAUUUUACGGCUUCCCAUUCACUUCGCUGUGAAGAUGGCGUCUGGCAGCGGGACAAAAAACUUGGACUUUCGCCGAAAGUGGGACAAAGAUGAAUAUGAGAAGCUCGCGGAGAAGAGACUCACAGAAGAGAGAGAAAAGAAGGAUGGAAAACCAGUGCAGCCAGUCAAGCGGGAGCUUCUACGGCACAGGGAUUACAAGGUGGACUUGGAGUCCAAGCUUGGGAAGACAAUUGUUAUCACCAAGACGACCCCACAGUCUGAAAUGGGAGGCUACUACUGCAAUGUCUGUGACUGUGUGGUGAAGGACUCCAUUAACUUCCUGGAUCACAUUAACGGAAAGAAACAUCAGCGAAACCUGGGUAUGUCUAUGCGCGUGGAACGUUCUACUCUGGAUCAGGUAAAGAAACGUUUUGAGGUUAACAAGAAGAAGAUGGAAGAGAAGCAGAAAGAUUAUGACUUUGAGGAAAGAAUGAAGGAGCUCAGAGAAGAGGAGGAAAAGGCUAAAGCAUACAAGAAAGAGAAACAGAAGGAGAAGAAAAGGAGGGCCGAGGAGGACUUGACUUUUGAGGAGGAUGAUGAAAUGGCAGCUGUGAUGGGUUUCUCUGGCUUUGGUUCCACCAAGAAGAGUUACUGAAGCAUUGUUCUCUUUGGCCUAACUUUGGCCUAUACUGGACCUAACUUUGAGUGUGUGUUGAGGUGGGGUGGGGGUGUCAUUUCUUUUUUGGGUACUGGAGAAGGUCCUUAAGAGUGUUAAUGGGCAGGGCUAGAGGGUGGGUGUUUGUGGUUUCCCUCUACAUUGGGAGAGGGCACAGGAUGUCGAGGAGAUGCUGUGGCAUAUUCCUUCAGCCUCAGUACAUUACUGGAGUCACAGAACCUCUGCCCAUCUGUGUUCCCAAUAAAGAAAGACCUCCCUCUUUGAGACUGCUUUCCCCAAAUUCCCCUGCAUCUUUCCCUCUUCAUCUAUCCAACCUUUUGUCUGAGCAUCCUCCUUUUUCCUGUGUCCUGCUAUUGUUUUAAUUUUUACUCUUGUUCAGCUUGCAACAGAAGGGUUUUCUGAGUCUCCAGUAUGGAGGUGCUGGCGUAUCCUUGGCCCAGCUCUUCCUCCCAUCCCACCCAGCGGUUCUCUACCCACUUGUGCAUGCAUGUGAUUUCUGCCUGGGUCAAUGUGUGUGUGGGUAUGUGUGCAUGACACGACACAAAGAGGGGACCUGAGCUAGAAUCUCAGAGCAUUGAUGCCCUGAGACCUAAUGUUCUUGGUUUCCUCGGUGCAUGUAACAGGAUAUUAAAUGGGAUGAGUGUUGGUGUGGUUUGUGUCUGCUGAGUUUUUAACCUUGUUUCACUUCACUGAGGAUUUCUGGUUUUGUCAUCCUCAGGAAGAGGUUCUUGGAAGAACCUGUGUGAUGCAAAAAAGAAAGCAACAAAACAACCCUAAAACCAAACAAAGAAACUUACUCUGGGAGACCCCGGUUGUCAGACACUGUUCAACAUGUACAAUAAAUGACAGUGACAAGGCCUGUUUCACAUUUGUUGGGAACAUGUCCAUAUCAUUCCCUGCCCCACACGUUCCUACACCACAAAUUUCUGUAGAACCUUUCUCUUUCAUUUGUUCCCUCACCCUACCCCCCUUACAUAUAGGUUUUCUUAGUGUGAGUUUUCCCUUCUGCUAAUAGAAUCUGUGCCCUUGGGAGUCCAAACAAAACAUCAUAGUCCCCGUAGUUUUAGCACGCUCUGAUCUUACUAGAAGAGCUCAGGGUUAAACUUCACUAUCUGCAGUUGGGCAGGCACUGUUGAUGAUGAGCUAGGUAAGUUUUGGAUUGGGGUUUUUGUUUUAUAUUUCUGAGGCAGGGUCUCAUUUGACUGGCCUUGAACUCAAUUUUAUCUGCCUGCCUCAGCCUCUCCAGUGCUGAGAUUAAAGGUAACUUUACACCUUUAAUCUCAGCACUGGCCAGGGAUUUUUUAAGGAGUUGUUUCAUGCUCUAUAGUAUGCUGAGCAGCAUCCCUGGCUUUCACCCAGUAGACGUCAGUAACAUUUCCUUCCAGUUUGUGACAACUACAAAAUAUCUUUUUUCCCCUGGGAGUGGGUAAAUGGCUCUCCCAUUGAAAAUGACUAAGAAGCUUUUAUCCACCUUGGUGUAACUUGUGAACUAUAUAACAAAGGCUAGUUAAAAACAAAUCCCUCCCAAACAUACAGAACUAGAUCACAUACUGUGCCUUGUCUAAGGAAUUCAAGGGCGAGAUGGGGAUGAAGGCAGAGGGGACAGUUAUACAUGUCUUGUAAACAGAUGAAGCUCCCUUUGCUGGCUCUAUACUCUUAAUAAAGGGGUCCAUUUGA